AAUGAGCGUACUCGUACGAGCGUUUGCACGCUCACACUAUAGACCAACUGCAAGGAAAAGUAACGCGCGCGCAAGGUAGUAAAAACCAAAUGUAGUGAAAUGUGAUGCGCGUAUAAGUUGUACCACCGAAACGACCGGUAUACGCGCGUAAAAAUACUCUAGUCUGAAACCACCAAAAUAACUCGGCCAUUUUUAGUUUGAGAGAAAAGUUUAUUCAAAUAAAACACUUUUAUUUUAGCGUUUUCUAUAUGAUGGAAUUAUACAAUAUAUGUGUCAUAAUGACAGCAUAUACAUAAAGUCCUCGGCCCCCUUUUAUAUAUUCCUACUCUAACCUUAUUUACCUGUGUCUUGAAAUCACCAAUAUAGGUAUAUACAAAUACAUAACCGAUCAUUACGCUUGUUGCUCGUCAGUCACUCUCCUGCCUCGAUACAGACUGCUAAUAACAUGAGAAUAAAAGUGAUAUUUUUGGUAGCAAUUUUAGUAUAUAGUUUAACAAAUAGUGAUGUGUGCUCUUUGAAAAUUUUAGCAGUGAAUCCGUAUCAAGGAAAAAGUCAUUAUUUCGUAUUUCAACCGUUGUUGCUCGAACUGGCAAAAAGGGGACACGAUGUCACCUCCAUAUCGUAUUUUCCUCAGAAACAAAAAGCCAAAAACUUUACCGACAUCUCCUUAGCUGGUUCAGUAAAAAUUUUGGAAGAUGUCUUUCCUAUUGAAAGAUCAUACAAAACCGUAAUAAGUAUCGGUUUGUUUUUAGCAACCAGUGGUAGUGAUAAUUGCAGAGAAUUGUUGCGAAAUGCAGAAGUGCAGAAUUUAUGGAAAUCAAAAGCAAAGUUUGAUGUAAUAUUAGUUGAGCAGUUCCAAAGCGACUGUUCCUUGGGAUUGGCAUAUGUGUUGGGAGCGCCUGUGGUCGGUCUGACUUCACACACUCCAACGCCCUGGCAUUUUGACCGGUUUGGCAUGCCUAACAACCCAUCAUACGUUCCCUUCAUGUUUUUCGAAGGAGGAACCAAACCAUCUCUGUACCAACGUAUAGAAGCAUUCGUUUUUAACGCUUACUUCAAUACUUUAUACACAUAUAUGCAAAGGACCGAUCAGAAUACUUUGGCUGAAUAUUUCGAUGAUGUGCCUCCACUGGAAAAUUUGGCAAGAGAUAUGAAAUUCUUACUUUUGUACAGAAACCCCAUCUUAUUUGGACCGUCGUUAAUUCCUGAAAAUGUCAAAGAGGUUAACGGAUAUCACGUCGCGACCCCAAAGCCGUUAUCAGGCGACCUCAAGAAAUUCAUUGACGAAGCGGAGCACGGCGUGAUCUACAUUAGCUUCGGCUCGAUGCUGCGGGCGACUUCCACUCCUCGUGAUAAGCUGGAAGCCAUCAUCUCUGCUGUAUCCGAGCUUCCCCAGAGGAUCGUGUUCAAAUGGGAAGAACCGAACCUUCCUGGAAACCCGAAAAAUAUUUACGUGUCUAAUUGGCUUCCUCAGAAUGAUAUUUUAGCUCACCCGAACGUGAUAGCUUUCUACUCCCAUUGUGGCCUAUUAGGAACGACAGAAGCCAUCCACCAUGGUGUUCCCGUAUUGGGCAUGCCAAUCUUUGGGGAUCAGCCCUCAAACGCAGCAGCAAUUGAAGAAAGCGGCCUUGGCGUUCGGAUCGACAUUACGACCCUGACUAAGGAAGAAUUGCUUAAACAGUUCAAAAUCGUUUUAGAUCCAGAAUUCAGGCGUAAAGUAAAACGAAUUUCCAAAGCGUGGCACGACCGCCCAAUGUCUGCAAUGGACACUGCUAUCUACUGGAUAGAAUACGCAGUCAGAAACAAAGAUUUGAACUUCCGCACGCCCGCGGCCGAUGUGCCUCUCUACAAAUACUUUAACCUAGACAUUAUAGCUAUAUUUACAUGUAUAUUUUACGCUAUGAUUUAUGUUAUUAAAUAUGUGUUAAGUUUAAGAAGAACGCAUCCGAAUAAGCAGAGUAAGAAAUCUAAGAUGGCGUAGUUUUGUGAAAUUGUCAUGUGUGUAUAGAAGUGUUUUUGUGAAUGCAGCACAAAUGUUUGACUGUUUAAUAAUGGUCUAAGAUACGUUAUAAGGAAUAACUAUCCUCAACUGUUAUUUAUUUGUAAUAACUGUAAUAAGAAAUAAAUGAGUAGAUAAUAUUCACAUUGACACAUUGCAAAUAGGUUGCCUAGUAAAAUUGCGUUGACAGAUUUUUUCACCUUUUUUGUUUGUUAUUUAAUCGUAAAUUAUAUCAAAUGACAGCUUACUUUAUAUAAAAUCUAACUGUAAUAGGUUUUCUUAUAAAAAAGUUGGUCCAGUCCAUGGCUGCCUAGAUGAACCGAUUUUUAUCUAUAAUUAUCCGUAGAUAUUCCUUAUAACGUAUCUCCUAUGUAUUAUAAGAGCUGAGGUGGAACAUUAAGAUUAUUCUGACAGAACGGGACCUAUCGCGUAUAUUCAGGGUCAGGCGUUAUAAAUAAAUGUUAUUUAUUUUGCCUGACCCUAAACUUUCAAACGCGACGUCGCUUUGUUGGUCGGACGAAGAGUUGUUACUUGACACACAAACAUUCAGACGUUUAAGGUUUUUUCAGCCUUGUAUUUGCUAAUCUUUCGAUUCCAAGACGACAGAAUCUAAAGGAAGAAUGAGACGUCACAUCUGAACGUCAUCGUUAGGAAAAAUUAAAUAAAUAUUAUAGCACGCGGUUAAGUCCCAUUUCCUUUCAAUUAUUAUUAUUUAUUUUUUUUAUACUACGUCGGUGGCAAACAAGCAUACGGCCCGCCUGAUGGUAAGCAGCCUCCGUAGCCUAGGUAUGUACGCCUGCAACUCCAGAGGAGUUACAUGCGCGUUGCCGACCCUAAACCCGCCCCCCCUCAUUGAGCUCUGGCAACCUUACUCACCGGCAGGAACACAACACUAUGAGUAGGGUCUAGUGUUAUUUGGCUGCUGUUUUCUGUAAGGUGGAGGUACUUCUCCAGUUGGGCUCUGCUCUAGAUCUGGAAUGACAUCCACUGGCUGUGCCCUACCACACAAAGCAAGAUGACAUUCACAAUGCCCAUACCUCUCUUUUGGACGUAGUUUAAGGACGUACCCGGGUCCAAUUACCUUGUAAAUCGAUAUUUGUAUCGCUUUUUGUAAUCACCUAACCGACCAGGAUUGCCUGAUGAAAAAUGAAAUAAUGAAAUAUGGGUCUGGAUCCCUUUUCUCAACUGAAACAUUAUUUAUUAUUAUUUAUUUAAUACAGAAUAAUUUAUUAGAAAUAUUGUUAAAAAAUGUAUUACUUUGA